ACCACAGGGACUGUCAGUUAAACAUUUAAAGCGAACUGAGUAAUUCUAUUCACAGCUAACUAAAGAGAAAAGGCCUGUAGCGCACUAGCAUAGUUUUAAAUCACGUAGUUAUAGCUCAUAAAAUCCUACGUAACAGUUAGCUCAUUAACGUAACACACACGGGACUGUAAUUAUAGACAGCAGUGAUCAAAUGUUCACCACAGGAGGCUUUUACACCAUUGGAGACGAAUAUAUGCUGUUUAAACUAUUGGUGUGUUUUUUACAGUAUUAUAACCUCUAGCCACACUUACCCCCCCAUCCCCCUCCUCCUUAUACAAACAUGAUGUGAUGUAAUGGGCUUUGUGGCUGUUUAGUGUUUCAAUACAGUUCUCAUUGUCAUUAUUGUGUCUAUAAUUAACGUCAGCCAUUGGAUUUUUAAUGACAGCCUCCCUCCUUCCUAGCAUGAGGCUGGUGUGUUUAUGAUAAGCGGGCUGCUUGUGAUAGGACGUUGGAGGACAGUCAGAGGAGGGUGGAGUUGGCAAAGCAGUGACACAGCUGCAUGCUGCAAGCUAGUCAUCAUGCCGGUGCUGCAGAGGGAACAAGCGAUGUGAGGAGGUGCUGAUGCUGUCUUGUGUUUGUCAUCCACUAUGUACAGACACCAACCGAGGAAAAUGUCAGAGGUCAACAUAGGGAAGCUCAAGGAGAAGUGUGAGAACUGCACCAAACAGUGCAACAAGAAACAGACUGAUGAUGGUGCCGGCUCACAACAGGAAGGGGAUGAAGUCAAUGGACAGGUGAAUGAAGGACCGCAGCUGCUGCUGAGUGCUUGCCUGUCCUGUGAUGGCUGUCUGUCAGAGGAGGAGAGCCUGAAGAUCUCUCAGCAGAGCCUGGAGGAAGUGGAGCGAGUUCUAGCACUCAACAAGAAAUGUGACGUAACGAAGCACAAGGUGCUGGUGGCGUCGGUGUGUCCACAGUCUCUUCCUUACUUUGCUGUGAAGUUGGGUCUGGACGUCAAUGAGGCCGCCCACAAACUCUGCAGCUUCCUCAAGAGCCUGGGAGUGCAAUAUGUGUUUGACACCACUCUGGCGGCAGGUUUUAGCAUCUUGGAGUCUCAAAAGGAGUUCAUCCAGAGGUAUCGCAGGAGACACCAUGACUCCCACGCCAUGCCCAUGUUUACCUCCUCCUGCCCAGGGUGGAUCCGCUAUGCAGAGCGUGUACUGGGAAGUUUGGUCACCCCUCAUAUCUGCUCAGCCAGGUCUCCCCAGCAGAUCAUGGGCUGCCUGGUCAAAGACUUCUUCACUAAACAGCAGAAGCUGAGUCCAGAGAAAGUCUAUCAUGUGGUGGUGGCUCCUUGCUUUGAUAAGAAGCUGGAGGCGGUCAGAGAGGAGUUUUACAACAGUCUGCUGGAGAGCAGGGAUGUGGACUGUGUCCUCACCUCAGGGGAGAUCUACUACCUGAUGGAGCAGAGGAAGGUUUCAGUGGAGAAGCUGGACUCAGUUCCGUUGGACCACGUGCUGGGAGAGGCAGGGGAUGCAGCUCUGGUGAGGCACGAGGGCCGCGGUUCAGAAGGCUUCCUGGAACACGUGUUCAAACACGCUGCCAAAGAGCUCUUUGGUCUGGACGUCCAAGAGAUCACAUACAAAACCCUCAAGAACCGCGACUUCCAGGAAGUGACCCUGGAGCGGGACGGGGAAACGCUGCUGCAGUUUGCCGCCGUCUACGGUUUCAGAAACAUCCAGACUCUCGUUCACCGCAUGAGGAAAGGACGUGUGCCUUACCAGCUGGUGGAGGUGCUGUCCUGCCCAGGAGGGUGCUUGAGCGGUCGCGGACAGGCAGAGAGCGAGGCGGGAGGACGGACGGAUAAAACCCUGGUGCAGCAGAUGGAGGAGGCCUACACCAGCAUGCCGGUCUCUCUCCCAGAGGUCAACCCCACCAUGCACACCCUUUAUCAAGACUGGCUGCAGGGCCAGGACUCCCCACAGGCCAGCACACUGCUGCACACCCAGUACAAGAGUCAGACUCAGACCCACACACAGCCCCCACACAUGCAGUGGUGAGAGAGAAGGACAACAGAUUUUAGUUUUAAGACUUGAUAGAGGCGGGAAUAAAAGAAGCCUCCGCUUGGCUCCUGAUUCUGCUCGGACCACAUUUCAUCGUUCCUGCUGGCACCAUGAAGGACAAGUAGAGGACCACGAUGCUCUACAGACCACUGAGUGACAACUGAAGUGUCAGUGGGUGCAAUUCUUCCAUUUGGCCACAAGGGGGUGACAUCUGUAGAUUGAAAAAGUGGUGGAGCCCAUAUUCCAUAUAUGGGCCUGAGGAAGGAGUCAGUCUAGAAGAACAGACUUUUUAUGAUGCUAAUGAGGACAGACACAAUUAAGGUAGCAGGUGUACAGGAUCUAUAUCAUCCUGAUUUGAGGAAGUGUGUCACAAGCAUAAACUGUUUAUCAUGGCCAGUUUAAAGAGCAAUAAACCACUAAAAAAAAUAACUUUUUAGGUGAUCUGAACUUGUGGAUACUUAAUGCACACUGGAGGAAUCUAAUGUAUUCCAAAUCCAAACUGUCCCAACAUGUAACAUGCUGUUUUUUUGUUUUGUGUCAAAGUUGUGUCCACUGUUCCUUGCUCAAAGACAAACCAAUGUGGUAUCACACAGGGACAGGUCUUGCUUUGAGGACUAUGCAACAGUGUGAUUGUGUAACAGUCAAAAACGAAACUGAGGUUGAAAGUUCAGACUUAUCAAAUGACGUAAGCUUAUUACCGGCUCAGUGUUUAUCCGUCCCAGUGAAGAAUCAGAGUGAGUAUUUUAUUAUUGGUACAUAUUUUCAUUUGUCUUAUUGCUUUAAGUCUUUUGAUUCCAUUCCUCAAAGACAACCAGGAAUAGUAUUUUUAAGUUAUAUGUUGUUUGCAUUCUUUAUUUUACAAGAUCAAAACAUACAUGUCAUACAUGUUGAGCACUAAACUAUUGUGACAAAGCAGUGAGCGCUGUCGUAUCAUUGGCCUUCAUUGACCGUCUGCAAAGUGAAUGACUUUGUUAAUAUGUGAACGUGUAAUGUCUAAACCUUUCCAGUUAAAGGAUGACGUGCAAGUCAAAAACAGCAGCCUGAAUUUCAGAAGAAACUCAUUAAAAUCAACAUUCAAAACAGCUUUUCAUUGUGAUGAUCAGUCAGUAGAUGUGUGGGUUUGUUUCUAGUCCCCUGAUUUCAUUUGAACUGUGAAUUUGUGAAAGGUUGCAUUUAGUAUGUAUGUAAUGUUUCCAAUGCUGUGAGUUCCUGCAUGUUUAGAUAUCACUGGAGGUAAGUGAGAAAGUCUUUUGAUGGUGAACUGACAGUUUAAAGGCUCAUUUUCACCCACCAGUGCCAAAACGAUUGAUAAGCUGAUCAACAGAAAACUGAUCAACUAUUAUAAAUUGCAUAUUUUGGCUCUGGGAUACCCAACAAGCAAUUGGGGUUUCUGGGAGUUUUCAGUUUUGUUAUGUUUUUAACAAAAUGAUGAAUUGACAAUUAAAAAAAUA